CACAGAGAAAAAAAUCCACAAAAGUCACUUGAUAAUUAAUACCAUUUUUGUCUCGAGGUGAAAUAACAAUAUCACCGGAGACUAAAAGGAGAUAAAUUACGCAUUGAGCGAGGUAGGCUCUCAAUUACACAAAACGGAUAUUGGAUGAGGCUAGAAAGUGACUAUCAGUGACAUUAAAAAAGCGUCAAGCAGAAUUAAUUGUCCUCUGAAACAUCCAACGGAAUUUACAUCACAAGAUCUUGAUAAAGAGGUUCAUGUUCCCAGGAUACUCGACACCAAUAGCAGAAUGUAAUUACUCUGCUCGCAAAAUAUUAUGCACUCGGUGACUUAGACGUGAGGGUUGUCAACGAGACCACCAUGACUUCGGAGCUUCCAUCUUCCUUGGACACAAUUAAUCACGAUAAUGACGAAGCAGAUGCCUCAUUAGGGGAUGAGUCCCGCGAAAUUCCGAAGGCUGACACCGAGGCCGCUAAUUACGAUCCAUGGGCAACACGAUCAUCGACUCAACGAAAUUCUGACACCGCAGUGUUUAUGCACCUGCUGAAGGCCUCGAUCGGUAGCGGCAUACUUUUUCUCCCACAUGCAUUCAGAAAAGCUGGAUACGCUACCGCCCUUAUAUGCGCAUUUAUCACAGGCCUGAUAAGCUGCCACACCGCUGUAAUCACAGUGCAGUGCACUCAGAACCUAUGCACAAGAUCACGAAAAUCAUCGCUGAGUUUCGCCGAAACGGCUCGUGUGUCAUUCGAACACGGACCCAACUGCAUUCGAAAGUACUCGACGGCAUUCGGUGUAUUUGUUAAUGUACUCGUCUGCUUUGUCCAAUACCAGACGAGUGUUGUAUACACUCUGUACAUUGCCACCUCGAGUCAACAGAUUAUCGAAUACUUCACAGGAAUAAAUUUGGACCUUAGGCUGUACAUCGCUCUGAUAUUUCCGAUAUUAUGUGCUCUCGCAAUGAUUCCAAACUUCAAAUAUUUAGUCCCGGUUUCCGUGAUCGGGACUGUGCUGAUGUCCUUGGGGAUAAUCGGAUCAUUGAUGUACUUUAUCAAAGAUUUUCCCGACGUCAGGAGACUCGAGCCUUUCACCGACUCCAAGGAAAUCCCAAUGUUUUCCAGCAUUUUUCUAUUCGCCAUUUACAAUAUGUCGAUUAUUCUACCCCUGGAGAACACCAUGAAGAAUCCCAGGAGGAUGGUCAACAUACUGACCACUAGUAUGAUAAUAAAUAUCUUCAUUUACGCUGUCUUCGGGUUUCUUGGGUACAACAAAUACGAAAACUCGUGUGACACUGUCAUCAAGAAUUUACCUGUCGAGGAACGUGGAGCGCAAAUCGUUAAAAUCAUGGUAACACUGUCGGUGGUAUGUACAUACGGCCUUCAAUAUUAUGUACCAGUUACCAUUCUCUGGCCGAUAAUUGCGAGAAAAAUCGGAAGAAAUCAUCGAAGCCAUGAGAUCAUAUUCCGUCUUCUCGGCGUUACUCUAUCAUCCCUUCUGGCAGUUGCUGUGCCACAAAUGACGCCAUUACUCGGUUUAUUUACAGCGUUAAGUAUAACAACCGUUAUGCUACUGAUACCGGUGGCAAUCGAAGCAUCAACAAUGUGGAAUUACACCGACAAUCGAAAGUCCUUCUGCUGUCUACUCAUCAAAGACAUAAUAAUUUUCAUCGUCUGGUUGUUAAUGCUCGUAUUUGGAGUGUCACAGAAUCUCGAAGAAAUUAUUCAAACAUAUGGAGUUGAUGAUGAAAAUCUGUUCUUUUGUUGGGAUGUUUAAUUAAUAUUCGUGGGGGAUUGAACAAAAUAAUUUUGAUAAAUUAUGUACCGAUUUCUCAUGUAUCAUUGAAUAAUUUAAAAAUGGGGUAGUAAUUUUGUGGGUGUGUUUGACGAUCCUUCGAAGGAAACAGUAAAACAUUUUUAAAGGUUGAUUUAUUACUCCGGAGGACAAUUCGCCGUCGAUAAUGGGAAACCUUGACUAUAAUUGAAGAAUAAUUAAUUAUCUCGGUUUAUUAUCACCAUCUUUACGAUGACAUUUGUGAUGACUUGAUAAUGAUGUCGAACGUGAUAUGACGAUAGGUUUAAAUGGAGUGGUUUCAGGGAGAGAUCUUGACCUCCCAUCGUUAAAAUCACUUCAGUUUUCAUCAGUUGUAUUAUUAGUAUUAAUAAACUGAUGUAAUUUAAUGUCACUCCAUCAUUAAUUACUAUUUUUAGGCGUGAGACAUUGGGCAUAAUUAAGUGUACGGGGUCAUUAACCUUAUUAUCAUUAUUUCUACAUCGCAGUGAUAAUGAUAAAGGAUAGGGCAACUUAAUCAAUCACGCGAUAUCGCCGAUUCCUUGGUGUAGUGCGUAAUAUAUUCAAGGUCUUUUCUAAGAGAAAAGUGUCUACACAGUUUGGAAUUUUCGAUUCAUUUUUUUAAAUGAAAAUUUCGGAAUUUUUAUUUAAAAAAUUUUUAUUCAAAAAAUAAUUAAGGAAACUCUGACUCGUUUGGUGAUAAUUAUGAAAAAAUUGUCUGUGAAUGUAGAACAUAUAUAGGACUAUGUAGUGCAUAGAAAAGAAAUAAUUAAACAAAAAAUGUAUUUUCUAACAACAUGCACUAAGAAAAAAUGUUAAUCGUCCGAGAACUGGUGCGGGAAUCACUUUGCAGGUAGAAAUACGAAAAACCUCUUUUCGUUGAUGAAUGAGGUAAAAUCUUUUGGGGUCACGAUUUUCCCACUUUUCAACGUAUCCCGUCGUAUAUCAAAAGUCGCUCAAUGAGGUCCCCACUUCUACCGAAGCCUUUCAAAUGUCACCGGGCCCCCCGCAAGAGGUAACGGUCCCCCUCGCAUGCCAUGAACCGUACCAUCGCCCUCGUGCCCACAAUUAUUCAUUUUUGGAAAUCUAAGACCUCAGGCAAUGGCCAAUAUGGUAAUGCAGUGAUUAGUUUUUAGUUUUCAAAAAUUAAUAACGUGUCUGCACAUGCCAGUACCGUUACUACUUAAUUGGAUGACAGUAAAUCAUGCAUUUGAGUCUGAUAAUUGAAAUAUUGUCAUUAAACGAAAAUCUGAACAUUGAAAAUUUAUGUGAGAAU